UACACCCGCGUGUUCCUACUCGCCCCUUUAGGCCCGCGAGGACGGGGCGUGAGCGGUGGAGUCUGCGUGGAAGGGGCAGGUGAUGAAAUACCGGUAAUGCCUCACAAGUCACCCCUUCUUCAUGGUGGAGGAGAAAUGGUUCCUGUGCGACCAGAUCAGGGCUUGGUGCUCUUCAAAGAGGUGGCCGUGUAUUUCACCAAGGAGGAGUGGUCUCUGCUGGAUCCGAGCCAAAGGACUCUGCACGAGCGAGUUAUGAUGGAGAACUUUGCAAACGUGGCAUAUUUGGAGACCCGUGAUGUGCCAGGGAUCAAGGCAGAACAUGGACAGGGAGUAUUCUUAGAAAGAGCGAGUCCUGAAGAACGAAAAGAGUUGAGAAACCUAAAUACUCAUUUGAAAAUCCACACAGGAGAGAAGCAACUGACAUACUCAAAGUGCAGUAAAAGUUUCUAUGAUAAAGAUACCCACAGAGAACAUCUGAGAAUACACACGGAGAAGAAACUAAUUAUGAGUCUGGAGUGCAGAAAGGCCUUCAGUUUGUGUGAUGAUCUUUCUUCACAUCAAAGAAUACACACAGGUGAGAAGCCAUUCAGAUGCCUGGUGUGUGGAAAGCGCUUCACUCAGAGUAUACAGCUUACAGAACAUCAACAUAUCCACGCAGGCGAGAAGCCAUUUAAAUGUCUGGUGUGUGGAAAGAGCUUCAUUCAGAGUGGACAACUUACUUCACAUCAAAGAAUUCACACAGGAGAGAAGCCGUUUAAAUGCCUGGAGUGUGGAAAGGCCUUCCGACGAAGUGAUAUGCUUUAUACACAUCAAAGACUUCACACGGGGGAGAAGCCAUUUAAAUGCCUGGAGUGUGGAAAGAGCUUCACUCAGAGUGGACAACUUACUGGACAUCUAAGAAUUCACACAGGAGAGAAGCCAUUUAAAUGCCUGGAGUGUGGGAACAGCUUCACUCAGAGUGGAGAACUUACUAAACAUCAAAGAAUUCACACAGGAGAGAAGCCAUUUAAAUGCCUGGAGUGUGGGAAGAGCUUCACUCAGAGUGGAGAACUUACUAAACAUCAAAGAAUUCACACAGGAGAGAAGCCAUUUAAAUGCCAGGAGUGUGGAAAGGCCUUCUCUCACAGUAGUUCAGUUAUUUCACAUCAAAGAGUUCACACAGAUGAGAAGCCAUUUAAAUGCCAGGAGUGUGGAAAGGCCUUCCGUUGGAGUAAUAAACUCUAUAUGCAUCAAAGAAUUCACACAGGAGAGAAGCCAUUUAAAUGCCUGGAGUGUGGAAAGCAUUUCACUCAGAGUGGACAACUUACAGAACAUCAACGUAUCCACACAGGGGAAAAGCCAAUGAAAUGUCUGGAAUGUGGAAAGUCUUUCCGUCACAGUGCUUCAUUUAGCAUUCAUCAAAGAAUUCACACAGGAGAGAAGCCAUUUAAAUGCCUGGAGUGUGGAAAGAGCUUCACUCAGAGUCAACAUUGUACUAAACAUCAAAGAAUUCACACAGGAGAGAAGCCAUUUAAAUGCCUGGAGUGUGGGAAGAGUUUCACUCAGAGUGGAGAACUUACUAAACAUCAAAGAAUUCACACAGGAGAGAAGCCAUUUAAAUGCCUGGAGUGUGGGAAGAGUUUCACUCAGAGUGGACAACUUACUAGACAUCAAAGAAUUCACACAGGAGAGAAGCCAUUUAAAUGCCUGGAGUGUGGAAAGGCCUUCCGACGGAGUGAUAUGCUUUAUACACAUCAAAGAAUUCACACGGGGAAGAAGCCUUUUAAAUGCUUAGAGUGUGGAAAGGCCUUCAAUCAGAGUAGUGAUCUUACUUCACAUCAAAGAAUCCACACAGGGAAAGCCAUGUAAAUGCUUGCAGUGUGGGAAAGCUUUCAGUCCCAUUAUAGACCAAACUUCCUCUCCAAGCAUUCGCACGGAAACAAAACCAUUUAAAUGCUUGCAGUGUGAGAAAUCCUUCUGUGAUAAUUCUACAUCAAAAAAAUCACCCAGGAGAUGAACCAUGUCAAUGCCUGGAGUGUGGAAAGAACUUCAUUCAGAAUGGACAACUUACUUUGCAUCAUAGAAUUCACACACAGGACAAAGCAGAGUGUCAUUGUGAUUUAACGAUGGGGAGUCAGAAAUCCUUGCUGAUGCACUGCAAACUACUCAGAUCUUCCAGUAGAUCCAGCCCACUUUCAAAGUCAUCCGAAUUGGUGGCCAUCUCUACGUCUUGUGGAAGUGAAUUCCAUCGUUUUACUAUGUGCUGUUUGAAUCAGUCCUUCCUUUGAUCUGUUCUGAAUUUUC